AUGGAUGACAAGAAAGGCGAUCCGGAGAACCCUACCUCGACGGUUCAUCACCUUGAAUCACCUACCUCUAAUGACAAGCAAGAUCCAGAGGUUGCUCGAGACUGGACACGCGAUUUGACCGAGAGCAAGAAUGUCACCACAUCCACAAGGUUGAAAAAUCCACUCUCUGGCCUGACGCGUGAUGAACUAUUUCAAGAUGUCGAGUCAUUUGCAAGGGACAAGGGUUUGGAGCAUAUCAUGGAUGAGCUGAAAAGAGGCUCCCUCGUAGCCCAAGAUCCUAAGGGCUUCGAGUCCCUUGAUGAAUUAUCCGAAGGCGAUAAAGAACUGCUUCGACGUGAGAAGACACAUCGAUGGAGCCAGCCAUUCAUGAUGUACUUCAUGACUAUCCUUUGUGCUGGGUCCGCAAUUGUCCAGGGCAUGGACCAGACGGCAGUUAAUGGAGCACAAGAGUUCUACUUCGCCGAAUUCAACCUCACCAAUAGAUGGCAGCAAGGGCUCCUCAAUGGGGCUCCAUACUUAUGCUCAGCGCUUAUAGGAUGUUGGACAACAGCCCCUCUGAACCGGUGGUUUGGUCGUCGUGGAUGCAUCUUCAUCUCAUGCUUCAUAUCCUUUGCCUCGUCCUUUUGGAUGGCUGCGGCACAUACUUGGUGGAACCUGCUACUGGCCCGAUUUCUCCUCGGGUUUGCAGUAGGCGCCAAGUCAACAACAACCCCGGUAUAUGGUGCGGAAUGCUCUCCAGCCAUCAUUCGUGGUGCGUUGGUUAUGAUGUGGCAAAUGUGGACCGCGUUUGGGAUUAUGCUAGGGUACAUUGCUUCAGUUGCCUUCAUGGAUGUGACACACCCCACAAUUCCCGGUUUCAACUGGAGAUUGAUGCUGGGUUCAACUGCCAUUCCUCCCUUCUUCGUGUGCAUGCAAGUGUACUUCUGCCCCGAGUCACCCAGAUGGUAUAUGAUGAGGAAUCGCUAUCAGGACGCUUACAAAGCACUCUGUAAGCUCCGCCCCUCCUCGUUUCAGGCGGCCCGCGACCUCUACUAUAUCCACACGGCACUACAGGUUGAGGAACAGCUCCGGGAAGGCAAACAACUCUGGCGCGAGAUGUUCACCAUCCCACGCAAUCGACGAGCAGCACAAUCCUCGUUUUUUGUCAUGUUUAUGCAGCAAUUCUGUGGAGUGAAUGCGAUAAUGUACUAUUCGAGCUCAAUGUUUGCGGAUGCAGGAUUUGAUAGGCGUAUGGCGUUGGUGACGUCAUUGGGAUGUGGUAUAACGAACUGGAUAUUCGCCCUGCCGGCAGUAUAUACGAUUGACACGUUUGGAAGGCGGAACCUGCUCCUCACCACAUUCCCAUUGAUGAGCCUGUUUCUGCUCUUCACCGGCUUUUCAUUCUAUAUCCCGGACCAAACAUCAAGGACGGCUUGCGUGGCGACGGGCAUCUAUCUGUUCAUGAUUGUGUACUCCCCAGGCGAGGGACCAGUACCUUUCACGUACUCUGCUGAGGCAUUUGUAAGUCAAUGUGUAUCAAAUUGUGAGAAGGGUUCUUACUAA